UUUUGCGUGGUCUCGUUGUUUCACGCGAUAAAUCGCGUUAUCAAAUUAUCCAUGCGUUCGAUGAUGGGUUUUCGUUUCUGUUGAUUUUUCGUGAAUUUAUCGUUUCUGCUAAUAUGUUGUAUACACAGGCAGCGAGAGUUAUUGAAUCAACUCAAGAACAGAAAGGUUCUUUGAAAUCACUUGUAUUCGCGAGUAAGGCAAAGAAUCAAAAGCAGUUGUAUGCACUCGUUUGCGAAACUCUCAAAUUCAGGGACAUCAUCAACACCAUUGUCAAGGAAACAGCACUUUUUAAAAGAGAAAAAUUUCUGAAGAAAAAUCCUGUUCUAGCACAAGUUCUUGUUUACGAGUUUUUGUUUGGUAAAGGAAUACGAUGCAGCGGCAAGAUGAAGAACGUUAUUAUGUCACACAAAGCGGCGUUACAAGCAUCUCUGACCAGAAUUAAAAUUAAACAGCAAGUAUCAAAGAAUCAGGAUUUACUACCAAAAGAUGUCACACAACAAGAAUGGCAUUCUGGGUAUGAUUAUGAACAUCACGAUAUCAGGGAUGGUUAUCAAUGUGUCAGCUCCUUAAAAAAGAAGCAAUUCAUGAAAGAUCUUCAUUUCGAUGAUUUAUUAGUAUUUGCACCGAAUACAGAUCUCCAUGACAAUGUUUUAUACCAGCAAGGUGACAUUAUACUUCAAGAUAAGGCGAGUUGUAUUCCUGCACAUGUGUUAUGCCCUCCACUGGGAAGUCAUGUGAUUGACACAUGUGCAGCACCUGGCAACAAAACCAGUCAUCUAGCAAGUAUUAUAAAUAACACUGGAAAAAUAUAUGCCUUUGACUUAGACACUAAAAGGAUAGGCACAAUGGGGAAUCUGACCGCUAAAGCUGGUGUGAUGAACACACAACUUUUUAACCAGGACUUCCUGAAAACCAAUCCAACAGACAACAAAUUUCAGAAAGUUGAAUAUAUUUUAGUGGAUCCAAGUUGUACAGGAUCAGGUAUAGUGAACCGCAAUGAUCACCUGAUGGGAGCACAAGGCAUUACGAAGGCAAGGUUACGGUCAUUGUCAAGUUUUCAGGUCAUGAUUUUGAAACAUGCCAUGGAAUUUCCAAAUCUGAAAAGAGUGGUCUACUCCACAUGUUCUGUACAUAGGGAAGAAAAUGAAGACGUUGUCGCAGAAGUUUUAAAAUGUAAUAAAAAUUUCGCUCUGAAGACCGUUAUGCCAAGUUGGACUCAUCGCGGUUUAGAAGGAACUGAUGUAGGAAAACAUUGUAUCAGAGCUUCUGCUAAUGUUGAUUUCACAAAUGGGUUCUUUGUGGCUUUAUUUGAGAGAACAGAGAUGAAAUUUGAAAAACAGGCUGCAUUUGAUGACAGGCGAGGUGAUACUUCUGAGAAAUUUGCACAUGAUGGUAAUGGAGAUGACACACCUCAAAAAGGAUGUAGAUACGAAGAGGAUAAUUUGUCAACUACACGAACCAAGCCUGAUGUGACGGCAAGUGUUCAGAGAACUGUUGGUGUCAAAAGGGCAUCUGAUAGUGUAGGAAAGAAGAAAAAGAAAAAAAGAAAGAAACAAUUUAAACCAGUGACUGCAAAAUGAUGCACUAUGAUGAUGCUAAAUUAUUUUACAAAUUAAAACCAAAUUAAAGUCGCCAAUUUUAGUUGCAACCGUUUGUGAUUGGUUUCAAUGUAUAAAGGUACAAGAAUAUCUGAGAAUUCAUUGAUAGAUUGUAGUAUCACAAAUAUUACUUGUGAAAUUAUGAUGCGCUUUUGUUCAUGAAACCCUUUCACUGCCAUCAAAUCUUGUAACCUUUCACACAGCAGUCCUGUUCCAAGUCAGCCAUUUUCAUACAAUGUUUUGCAGAAGUUAAAAAAAUUUAGACCCCAGAGAUCUCUAAUUUAGUAUACCAAGGUAAUGAUUAACAAUUAAAAAGUAGGAGAAAAACUUAGUAAUAAACAAUCAGUUUGUAUGUUGAAGUGCUAUGGUCAUUGCAAAGUAGAUCAUGAUACAAGCCUCCUUCUAUAUCAGAGACAACGGCACAAAAUUUUGCCUGAUGGGGCGAGAUCCGAAAUCUAGACCCUCUGAAAUGCUAUUUCCUGCAUUUUGGGGGGCAAAUUUUGCGGACACAAAGGGUGGCUUGAUUGGAGGGGGGCCAACAUUUUUCAAGUAAAUUUGAAGGGAAUUAAUCUGUUGAAUGAUUUUAAUCGAUUUAUACUCAAAUUACCAUGCAAAUUAUUUUAAUUAUUAAAACAA